AUGGAAGCAGCUCUAAAGCUGUUUCGUACAGAAUCGUUUAAGAAGAAUGAUUUUAAAUUAACAGAUAGUCCUUUGCCUCCUUGUCGACAAUUUGAAUUUGUUGGAACUUGCAAAAUGGGUCCAAAGUCAGAUCCAGAGGCUGUCGUGGAUGAGAGUUUGAAGGUUUAUGGGAUCGAUGGUUUGAGAGUUGUGGAUUCUUCAACUAUGCCAAAAAUUAUUAAAGAUAAUACGAAUGCGCCUACCAUUAUGAUCGCGGAGAAAGCU